AUGAAGCGGGUGUCACCCUACAGUCCAAUUCUCGACGAUGUUCCCAUCCAGCUAGAAACGGUCGAGGUCAAGGGAACGUUAUUCAAUGAUUACACACCCCCACGCAUAUGGCGCGAGCAACCCAGUGAAGAAGUCGAUAAAGCUUGGGACGACAUGGCGCGGAUCGAGUACUUUGGCGUGAGUGGAGAUGCACUCAGGAAAAUGGGCAAAGAUCCUGAGAUAUCUGUCUCUAUCCCAGAGGAGUGGGGUGUCGGGUCAGACAAGUACCUCGUUGAGAUUGAUAUGCAGCAUCAACUUCACUGCCUCAAUGCAGUUCGCAAGUAUGCUUACUUUGACUACUAUUAUGAUAUCCUACUACAAGCUCUCACCUGCAACCCGAGCUUGGACUUGAUCUCCCAUAAUUGGAUGAGAACACAGCAGAAUCCUUAUCCUGACUUCAACAUCAAGAGGCAGUGUGUGGCACACGACCCAAUACUGAAGUGGCAGCAUGAAAAUGGCAUCUCAGAGCAGAUUCUAAAAUACAAGAACCUACCAAGGCCAGAGGGGUUCCCAGAAGUAGAACCGGAACCCUCCAUAUUGAAGAUCGGAGAGGAUUUGGGCCACCACGAAGGACAUCUGCGUCUUUGA